AUGACCGGAUCGUUGCGUCUGAGCGCCCUGCUGUUGCUGUUGCUGUCCCGCUGGGCGUCCGCGGACCUCGAGAAGGGCGAGGACGAGUUCGUCCGCAGCUGGGUCAUCAUCGAGGAACAGCUCGUGCCGCCGUCCAGGGACGAACUGCUGGCCACCGGCGCGGGAACCGUCGGAGCCGCAGCCGCGGGCGCGGCCGCGGGCCGGCGGAUCACGCCCAAGUCGGUGUUUGUCGCGCCAUCGUUCAACAAGUGUUCGGACGGUUACCGGCCGGACAGCAUGGGCCGGUGUGUCAAGGUGGUGAAGCUCAACCAGGCGGCUCAGUGGGACUUCCUGCUCAAGCAGCUCAACUCGAUGUACGGCCCCGGCGCGGCGUUUCCCGUGCAGGGCGCUUCCGCCGCGUACCGGCCGCUUCCGACGGCGCCCGCCGUGACCACCGAAACGUCGGCGCCGAAGACCGACAGUCCCGGCCCUUUUCAGCUAAACAUACCGUUGGGCGGUAUCGACUUACCGUCCUCUAACAAACAGACGGUGGAAACGGUCGACGACGACGAGGACGCGGCCGCAAUCACAACCACGCCGGCCGUGCCGUCCGUCAACCCCGACCCCGGCACCAUGACCACCAGCACCACAUCCGGCAACGUAAUCGCCACCGCCACAGACGCCGAAGACGACGCGGUCAGUCAAACCGCGACGAUGCCGACCGCGGCCACCGACAUCCCGGUCACUACCAGCAGACCGUCGCGACCUUAUCGUAACCGGUACCAGACAAUAUCCGUCACGGACGAGGAUACAGCCACCACUACUUCCGCGUACGACACGACGACGGACGCUAAAACGAAGUAAGUCCGGACGGUAUUACCGAAAUUAGGCGAGGGUGAGUGGCCCACAGUAUUCGUUUUGAGAGACCAUUGUUUUACGAAAAAAAAAAAGAAAAAAAGGUAUUACAGAAAAGGUUUAAAACCACGAUUUCGUGAUCAGGAGACGAAUAAAAUCGUGGAUUUUUUUUUUUUUAAAUCGUUUUAUGAGAACUGUUCGCGUUAACGCCCCUAGUAAAACGCAAAUGAAUUGAACAUAAUCCCCAUCACAGAGUAUUAUCAUAAAUAUCAUUUGUCGUCAACAAGGUACGCGAAUGAGGUGUGGUAGCGGCACACUUUUCCGUACCGAGCGAAAUCGUAAAACUGUUCUGAUAACGCGAGGGAAUUUCGGGAGCCACGUCGUUAUCGCAACACCGCGCUCGUCGGGUCGCACAAUCGCGAUCGUGAUUAAAACGCAAAUUCGUAUUUAAUAAUUUGUUUUUUCACCUCAUUAAGUUUUCAAACGUUUCGAGCGUUUUUCAUUUUGUUUGUUGCUCGUGAGCACUACAGCGCACCCCGAGGAUCCAACUCUGUAUAGGUCUUCUGUCUUUUUUUUUGUAUCUGUCUCGAGGAAAUUGAAAAAAAAAAUAAUAAUAAUAAUAAUUAAUUAUAACGUUGCGUGAAUAACUUCUUGUGCGUAGACGUUGAAAUUUUCAACAGGUACAGAGCAAAACAAAUAAAACGUAUAAAAAAAAAAAUAAAUAAAUAAACAAAUAACAAUGAAACCUUCACUCUAACGAAAAUAACGAAGCAAACACAAAGGAACCUAUAAUACGUGUCGUUUUAAUCACAUCGAAUUUUAUAAGCUCGUUACGUCGCGCGUCGCAAGAGGCUUAUGCGUCAUAAUUUUCGUUUUCAUGUCAAAACUCUGUACGUGUAUACCUACUUCACAUUACACGAAGUAUUUUAUUUAUGCGCCCAAACACUAAUGUUAAGCCAACCCGUAUGCUUCUGCAUUUCGAUUAUUAUUAAAAAAUAAAUAAAAAAAAAAAAAAAUUGUUCUACUCCGUUCGUGAUGUUAUCAAAUAGAUUGUCAUGUUCGUAUUGUGUGCGUGUUCUGAUUUUAAGCGCAGCAAUAGGAAUCGGUUUUCACUGUGAUGUGUGUUGUUUUUUCAGAUUCUGUGUGUGGCGAAGAACGUAUUGGUUUCAUAAAGAUGUUAAAUUUUGUAAUUUCUUUACUUUUAUGUGAACAUUUUUUUCUACUAGUGAGCUUACGCCGAUGUAUACGAUGUAAACACUUUUACGAAAGGAAACCCGACUGGGAAGGUACAUUAAGGAGGUCGUUUUUCGAAAUCCUCUCUCUCCGUAAACGACUUCCGCAUCGAGCGACGCGCCGCGGCCGAAAAAAGAAAACGUCGCCUAGUCUGUCGCGUCGUCUGAGAGAUCAUCGUCUCGUUUUUUUAUAACGUGCUCCGUCUACCGUGCCCCUUCGUCUCCCGCCCCGCGGCUAUUCUUCCCCUCGAAAUUUCAAAUAAAAUGCGACGCGACGCGCGUGGCAUUCCGUUUUUGUCGUUGAGCGCUAUAUUAUGUACGGCGAAUCCGCCGGUUUUUCAGGGAAUUUAAUUAUUUAGACGGGUCGCGUCUGAGGGGAUCACCCACGCGCGACGACGACGUGGGCAACGUCGACAACGUUCUCCUCCACAACCUCCUGUGAUACACACGCUCGGGAGUAAAAAUAACGUUUCGCGUCCGCGGUGUCGUGUCGCCGCGCACCGACCGUUGCGGAACGAAAAAUGCGGACCGCGACGGAGAACGAAAAAUAAUCGGUUAUGAAUAUAAUAACUCGCGGUUUUUUUUAUUUUUUUUUUUGUUUUCUAUUUAUUUUCGGUACGUUCGAUUUGUUUUCCCCUCCCCCCCCCCGCCGAAUCAACUCGCCCGGCCGGCGGUGUCGAGAGAGAGGAGAGAGAUAGUCCGCGCGCGUGCCGCAAACCGAAUCGAAUAGCGCGGCGCGAACAUCGCCGCGGCGGUUCACGGAUCAUCGUAACAUUUUUCGCGCCGGUGUCCGCGCGACCGGGUCGCCAUUAUCGAAUCCGUGCCGAAAAGCGUGGCGAUUCGAAACGAUAAUUUCCAAAUAGAUUCGACCGACAACCGCUAUCGAAAAAGUUCGUUUUCCCGGUCUUUAGCCGGCCGCCGGGCGAGCAUAACAAUUGUGGGACGAACGCGACGAUCAUUUCCCGUAAAAAGCGCCGCGAUUCACGGUAACGGGUCAAGACGGAACGACACGCAAACGCCGUAGUCGAACCGAAACAUUAUUGUCGCCCGAACGGAACGCGUUAUGGUUAUAAAAUCGCUCGAAAAACCGUCGUCCUUCGAGGAAUUAUUAAAAAAAAAAAAAAAAAGAUUUAUUUUACCGCCAUGGGCACCGUCGUCGCAUCAUGAACGUAACAGUCGAUCGAGUAUCACCAUUUUGAAUAUUUAACCGAGUAAUAAAACAACGUAUACCCACUUCGUCGUCAUUAUUGUUAUUUAACAAAAACGAGUUUAAUCGCGUUUUACGUAAACGAGUGUCCAUUAGUACUUUAUAUUGAUGAAAUUCAGUGUCAUGUAUAAUAUCGAUUCUUCUGUUCUUCUUUUUCUUUUUUAAUAAAACACAAAGUGUAGAAUAUUGUACACACGAUGCGCGCGUUUCGUUAAAUUUGCCGGUUUUGAAAAAUAACAAUUUUCACGAUUCGGUCGUCAUUACACCGUAUCCGUACUACAGGAUCGGACCGAACGAUAAUAUCGAAGUUUCACUCCUUAACGCCCGUCCCUGACGUUCGCCGUUCUUUUCAAGCACGUACAAUGGGUUUAUUUAUUCCGGUGACACCCAGCACUCGGGGGGCUUCUUCACGAACAGCGGUUUUCCUUUAGAUCGCGGUCGUUAUCCAACCGUUUGUCCCGGUUAUCGAACGGGGUAUCCAAUCAGCGUGUUUUUCUUUUCCCCAAACGCGUGUUUCACAACGAUUUCCGCGCGUCUACGCCUUACAAAGUGUAAUGUCUCCUCGCCCAUUGUCCCGUCUGUCGGUGGGAUUCCCCGUGAUCUUCUUUCGCGCGCACUAUCGCGUCCGCAGAGGCUUCGAAAUGCCUCGGCCUUCUCGGGCUCAUGCGCGCACGCACUGCACGCGCUAUACACGCCGAGGCUUUGGACGAGAGCCCGCGAAACGUCUAAACAUUUUCGAUUGCCGAAACGACCGACCGAAGUUUUCUAAAGUUCGCGUGAAAUUUGAACCCGUUUGAAAACGAAAAAAUACGCGUGUUUCCGCGCGUAGCGCAUCGCGGUAUUCGCGUUUCCGCAAUAAAAUAAUUAUUCGUAUCGAUCGCGUCACCUCGGAAUAGCUCUGUUAGAAAAUAUUAUUUAUGUAUAUAAAUAUAUAUUUUUUAUUUAUAAUCAUAUUUUCACCGUGCGAAAGUGAACGUACACGACCCUAUCCAGGGAAAUCACGAGAUCGGUACUCGAUCUUUAUAAUUAUUGCGUGCGUCUAAUAAAUACCUAAUCCGUGCGAAAUUUAAACGAUGAUUACCGUUUUCGCGUUUAUGAAUACGAUAAUGAUUUUGCCACGUGUAUUCGACUGUGGCGGUGCGCGAAAAAAAAAAAAAACGAAAUCUCGGGAAAUAAAUAAUUCAUCUAGAGAAUUACAUAUAAGAAAAAAAAUCUCAAUCGUCGUCGCCGGAGACCUCGUCGUAAACUGCAACAGUUUAAUAGUUGUGUGUAUAUUUUAUCAUAAUUUUUUUUUUUUUUAUAAUUUACACUUUUUCACGAUUCCGUGUCAAUAUACUUUCGGAACGCGUUGUCGUCGUCCAGCGUCGCCGUCCGAAUUAAAAUAUAUACGACUUGUUCCGUAUUUACCAUAAUACGAGUAUUUGCAUAGUAUUACCGUAAUAGCAUCGGGAGAGAGAGAGAAAGAGAGAGAGAGAAAAUACCUCUGCAGAACUGUGUCACGUGUGGCCGCGGUUUUGAAAUCUUCGGCACCCGGCCACCUGCGCGAGUACCGACGUGUAAUUUUUCGCACGUAUAAUAAAAAAAAAAACAAUAAUAACGUGUUGGAAAGCCUUAAACAUAUUAUAGGACGGCGGCGCUGCAUUUAUGAUGCAACAUACUCGUAUAUUAUCAUUGUUAUUGUCGAUAAAUUAAAACGCACGAGUGCGUUUAAAACGUUUAUGGGUUCUCAAAGUCCAAGUAUAACCUUUUUGAAGUUCAGGACGAUACGGGAGAACGGGGAAAUAAUUGUAGACGAUAAUAUAUAAGCAUAGCUAUGGAUAAACGAGACCGGCAUCCUAACCUAAUCUAACCUAACCCGACCUCUUGUAGGUCAUUUUUUCCAUCGCUUUAUCUAAUGACACGAUUACUCUCUAAGCGUUGUUACCACCAUUACUAAAUUUCACCGCCCGCCUCUACCUAGAACUGCCUGUCUCCAGUUUUCAACUCUCAGCUUUUCCAAAACCUUUUCUACCCCGCCAAUCCGUCUGUUCUUCUCUUCCUAUAGGUAUUCUUCUUUAAGGUUUCAACACCAUCGCUGCUCGCUGACCGUCUCGUCUUCACCUCUUCUCGGCAUGCGGUCUUAACAUUUAAUCCGAAACAAUAUCCUUAACAUAUAACUUGUUAUUGGUGCUAGUUUCACAAUGUCACACAGCUCUCUAUUGUAUCUCCUUCACGAGUACACCGUUGUUUCAUUAAUGACGGGUCAAAAUAUGUUCCUCCAAAUUUUAUUCUCAAGCUCCUCUCAGCCCGUUUGGUCGUCGGCCAAAUCUCGUGACCAUCAUAUAAUAUAAGAGUUGGUCUAAUAAUAGCUAUGCACACUCUUAUUUUCGUUUUUCCAAAUAACAUUGUUUAGAUGGAUAUCUAUUUCCUUUACCGAAUUAUUCCAGGUGUUUUAGGUUGCACGCAAACAUCUAAAAUCAAUAACGUCUCCUAAAAGGCCUACGGUCACAUAAUUAUAUUAUUAGCCUAACCGUAUUUCGUUUUUAUAUUUUGUCCGCAGGUACGUCGACGGAAGCAGAACGAUGGCCAUCGAAGACUCGCCGAAGACCACCACGGUGAGUUUAGGACCGGCUCCUGCAGUGCAAGUUACUACUACCGCGGAAGGCAUCGCGGAGACGGAAGAACCGGUGACCGACAUGGUACCGACGACGUCGUCGACCGAUGCCGAAAACUUGGAGGACGUGGUCACGGUGUUGGCGGUAAAGGCUAUGAUGAUGGUUCCCCAUAGUACCUCCCCGCCCGUCGGGGUUCCUUACACGACGACCGGCGGUGGAAGGACGCAAGGACUGGCUGCGAUCGAUACAGUCACACCGGAAUACUACGACGACCAACCGGAGAAGCUGACUACGGCCCCCGAACCGGACUGUACGAUCCCAAACGCGCACCUUUACUUCACCGAGUGUGCCGGUUACCGGCAGCAGCAGCAGCACCAUCAACAGUAUCAACAGCAGCAGCAGCAGUUACUACUCCAACAACACCAGCAGCAACAGCAGUUCUAUCAACAGCAGCAGCAGCAGCAGCAGUUCUACCACCAACAACUUCAGCAGCAGCAAGAACAACUUCAACAACAGCAACCUCACGUGGCCACGGCUGUAGUCAAGCGCCCCGUUGGCGAAGGAAACGUCGGAGGGAGUUUUAGCGUCAGGUUUCCGGAAGAGGAUGCUGCGAAUCCGGCGUCAGCGCCAGCGGCGGACAACGUGAACCUGAUCCGGUUUCCGGGCCCGGCCCCGUACCGGACCACCAACAAGAUGUACGAGAGCAGCAGGCACCCAACGUGGUGGCCGACGGGAUGGCCGGAACAACAGCAGCAGCAGCAGAAGCAACAACAACAAUCCGACAACGUGGUCCAGCACCGGCUGCAACACCAUCUGCCCCAGCAGAAACAGGACGUCCGGCUCUGGGAAUUCGGAUCCCGGCUCCCGAAAACGACGACCACGACCACGGCCGUCCCGCCGCUCCCGCCGCAACCGGCCCAGUGGUUCCACAGGUUCUUCUGA